GCUCCCCAACACCAUUUCUGAUGGGGUUGUCUUUUCCGGGCAAAGAGAGUGAGCAAAACAAACGUCUCCAGAACCAACAGCUGCUUCUACACGAACGACUCUGGAAAACGUUCCGUUUAUUUACAUCCUCGUCACUAUCCAUACGGUGGAGUCUCCGAAGCCUGUAAAUCCAAGUUACAUUAACUGGAUAAUAGCGGAUUUGCUUAGCCAGGCAAAUACAUCAAUAAUGGCGUGUGCCAAGAGGCCAUCCUUGCAGGGGCCGGUGCCUCCCCCUCGUAAGAAGACGAACCCCAAACCUGAGCUUACUGAAGAGCAGAAGCAGGAGAUCAGGGAAGCCUUUGAGCUCUUUGACACCGAUGGCGCUGGAUACAUUGAUGUCAAGGAACUCAAGGUUGCCAUGAGAGCUCUGGGGUUUGAACCAAAGAAAGAGGAGAUUAAGAAGAUGAUUGGUGAAGUCGACAAGGAUGCCACAGGGAAGAUCUCCUUUAGCAAUUUCCUCAGUGUCACGACACAGAAGAUGGCCGAUAAGGAUUCCAAAGAGGAGAUACUGAAAGCUUUCCGCCUAUUUGACGACGACGAGACCGGUAGGAUCUCCUUCAAGAACCUCAAGAGAGUCGCAAAGGAGCUUGGAGAAAACCUCACAGAUGAAGAGCUGCAGGAAAUGAUUGAGGAAGCAGACAGAGAUGGAGAUGGAGAAGUGAACCAGCAAGAGUUCCUAAGGAUUAUGAAGAAAACCUGCCUGUACUGAUGGUAACGUUUGGUGUCACAUGGAAAGCCACCUCGCUUUUGUCCUCUCUCAAAUUGUAUUGUAUUGUGUCAAAAGAUUGGACGUAAAUCGUGUUAAAUCUCAUCAAGAGGUCCAUUAAUGUCCAAGAUGCUCUUCUUCAGGAUGCUGCACUUUUGUGAAGAUUAUAUUGGCAAUUGCUCAUUGUUGAAAAGAUUUCAGUGCUUGCUUUAAUACAGUCCACACAGCUCAUUCCAACGUUAUCGAAUACCGUCUGUCCAUUUAUAUUGUCUAUUCUAGAUUGAUUGUCAGUCAGUAUGAACAGUCAAUUAUCUAACCGUGAUCAGGCAGGCAUCAGUGAGUGAUGGAGCAGAAUAAUAAAAUGGUAUCAAUUUGAGAAUUUCCACCCAAGUUUCAGCGUGGAACAAAGUGGUAAGUUCAAAUCACAUGCAAACUCUUACAUGAUCAGUAUUAUAGUUACACAUUAUGGAUGCUGUGCUGAUACUAGUUUUGCUGUGCUCUGUAUUUUUCAAUGUUUAUAUAUUGUAUAGUGCAUGUACAACCCCAAUUCCAAUGAAGUUGGGACGUUGUGUUAAACAUAAAAACAUAAUGCAAUGAUUUGCAAAUCAUGUUCAACCUAUAUUUAAUUGAAUACACUACAAAGACAUUUAAUUUUAAAACUGAUCAACUUGAUUGUUUUUAGCAAAUAAUCAUGAACUUAGAAUUUUAUGGCUCCAACACAUUCCAAAAAAGCUGGCACAGGUGGCAAAAAAGACUGAGAAAGUUGAGGAAUACUCAUCAAACACCUGUUUGGAACAUCCCACAGGUGAACAGGCUAAUUGGAAACAGGUGGGUGCCAUGAUUGGGUAUAAAAGGAGCUGCUCAGUCAUUCACAAGCAAAUAUGGGGCAAGGUUCACCUCUGUGAACAAGUGCGUGAGAAAAUAGUCGAACAGUUUAAGGACAAUGUUCCUCAACGUACAAUUGCAAUGAAUUUAGGGAUUACAUCAUCUACGGUCCAUAAUACCAUCAAAAGGUUCAGAGAAUCUGGAGAAAUCACUGCAUGUAAGUGGCAAGGCCGAAAAACAAACAUUGAAGGCCCGUGACCUUUGAUCCCUUAGGGGGCACUGCAUCAAAAACCGACAUCAAUGUGUAAAUGAUGUCACCACAUGGGCUCAGGAACACUUCAGAAAACCAAUGCCAGUAAAUACAGUUCGGCGCUACAUCCGUAAGUGCAACUUGAAACGCUACUAUGCAACGCAAAAGCCAUUUAUCAACAACACCCAGAAACGCCGCCGGCUUCUCUGGGCCUGAGCUCCUCUAAGAUGGACUGAUGCAAAGUGGAAAAGUGUUCUGUGGUCCGAAGAGUCCACAUUUCAAAUAGUUCUUGGAAAUUGUGGACGUCGGUUCCUCCGGGCCAAAGACCUGUCUCCCAUUGAAAACGUGUGGCGCAUUAUGAAGCGUAAAAUACGACAACGGAAACACCGGACAGUUGAAGCUGUACAUCGAGCAAGAAUGGGAAAUAAUUCAACCUACAAAGCUUCAAUAAUUAGUGUCCUCAGUUCCCAAAUCCAAAACAUUUAUUGAAUGUUGUUAAAAGAAAAGGUGAUGUAACACAAUGGUAAACAUGACCCUGUCCCAGCUUUUUUGGAACGUGUUGCAGCCAUAAAAUUCUAAGUUAAUGCUUAUUUGCUAAAAAUAGUAGUUUAUCAGUUUGAACAUUAAAUAUAUUUGUAGUAUAUUCAAUUAAAUAUAGGUUGAACAUGAUUUGCAAAUCAUUGUUUUUAUUUAUUUUUAAAACAAUGUCACAACAACUUCAUUGGAAUUGGCGUUGCAAAACAAUUCCAAGAAUAGCAGUAUUUAUGGUACAGAUAAGAAUAAAUAUUUAAGCAUU